GGGUUAAAAAGCCCAUCUAGCUACCGACGUAGUUUCGUUCUGUUUCUUUAUAAAAGCAUAGGCUGAAACGUCUUCGGAACCGAAAUAGAUAAACCUAGCGCCGCCAGACCAAGUUAUCUUCAACCGAAUUCUGUUCGAGUUAAUGAAUGUAAUGUGUGACUGAGCAAGAGAAACAUUGUAGAAAUGGAAUCUCCAAAUAUUACUUUACCGACGGCUGGACCAAAACCAUCGAAAAAAAUGAAGCUACCAACGGCGAAGGAGUUGAUAUCGCACUAUGAGUCACGGGGUAUGGACUCGCAAGAAGCCUCAAUGAAGGUCAUUGAGGAUCUUCAGAAGGCGUUGUUUUCGGUUGUAUCCUCUGGUAGAGGUAAACACGAUAAGCUAUUGACAGAGUCUUCUAGGAAGAUUGAUGCAAUUAGUAAUAGACUCACUAUUUUAGACAUGAAGCUUGAUUCUAAGCCUGGGUAUAUUGAAACUUUUGCAAUUGGGCUUGCAUCCGGUGCUGCCCUAAAAGGAAUUGGGGCUCUUGUGCCUCAUGUCAUUGCCCCUCUUGGUAACAUAUGGAACUCUGUUUCCAGUGCUAUCCAAUCCUCACCUCAAUGAUGUAUAAUUUCUCAUUAUUUGUUUAACUAUUAAUUUGUAGAAUAGUUUUAUAUUAGAAAAAAACCAUGUUGCUAAUUUGCCUGAUUGAUUAUAUGAAUUGUUUGCUCAAGGAAUAUGUAUCACUCUUGGCCAUCGAUUAAAAUA